UCAGGCCGUCCUCGAAUUCAUGGGGAUCUGUCUGCCUGUGCCUUCCCAGUUGUGGACGAAAGGUCUUUGUAACUGUGGAGUCAGUUUAUAGUUACGUAAUUGUGGAUUUUGUACAGCACCGGAACCAAUAAGAUACACAGAAUGACUUGCCCCAUCACACCGGCACCUUUUUUGUAGUGGUGUGGGAACUCACUUCUGUGUGAAAGGGCAUAAUCGAUGAUAAGACUGAUAGGCAUAAAAGCGUAUUUUGAUAGUUUACAUUGGGAGAGAUUGAAAAUAUUGAAUUGACCACUUUUCACUGCAGGUGACUAGUAUGCAGAUACUCACACCCUGACUUGUCUGCCAGACUACUGACAUGGCCCACCGGGGUGGGGAGAGGGACUUCCAGACUUCAGCUCGGCGGAUGGGUACCUCCCUGCUCUUCCAACUUUCAGUGCAUGAGCGGGAGCUGGACCUCGUUUUUUUGGAUCAUAGCUAUGCUAAACCAUGGAGUGCCCACCCAGAUGCCAGUAGUGCCCGCCCCACCCGCAUGCUCUUUGUAACUCCCCGUCGGCAGCAGGAGAAUACUAUCGAAUCAGACGUUCCAAUAGAUGUGGAGACAGUCACGUCGACUCCUGUACCACUCUAUGACAAUCAGAAGGCACGGAGUGUGAUGAAUGAGUGUGAGCGGCAUGUUAUCUUCGCCAGGACAGAUGCAGAUGCUCCUCCUCCACCAGAAGACUGGGAAGAACAUGUCAACAGGACUGGCUGGACAGGGGCUCAGAGCAAGCUAUUUAACAAGAUCCUCAAAGCCCUGCAGUCUGACCGGCUCGCCCGAUUGGCCAAUGAAGGGGCCUGCAAUGAGCCUGUGCUUCGUCGUGUCGCUGUGGACAAGUGUGCAAGGAGGGUGCGACAGGCUCUGGCAAGUGUAAGCUGGGACACCAAACUGAUCCAGUGGCUCCAUACCACCCUUGUGGAGACCUUGAGUCUGCCCAUGCUGGCUGCUUACUUGGAUGCUUUGCAGACACUGAAAGGGAAGAUCCCAACUUUGAUCGAUCGAAUGCUUGUGUCAUCCAACACAAAGACUGGGGCUGCAGGAGCAGAGGCCUUGUCACUCCUCCUUAAGAGGCCCUGGGACCCUGCCGUUGGUGUGCUUUCUCAUAACAAACCAAGUAAACUCCCUGGCUCUCCUUUGAUUCUCAUCGCCUCCUCUGGUCCCUCCAGUUCUGUGUUCCCUGCCUCACGCCGCCACCGCUUCUGGCAGUCGCAGCUUUCCUGCUUAGGCAAGGUCAUUCCUGUAGCCACCCAUCUGCUGAACAAUGGUAGUGGGGUAGGAGUUCUGCAGUGCCUUGAACACAUGAUUGGGGCAGUGAGAAGCAAAGUGCUGGAGAUUCACAGCCAUUUCCCACACAAACCCAUCAUCUUGAUUGGAUGGAAUACAGGAGCUUUGGUGGCCUGUCAUGUGUCUGUGAUGGAGUAUGUCACUGCAGUUGUCUGCCUUGGGUUUCCUCUGCUUACUGUGGAUGGCCCCCGGGGGGAUGUGGAUGAUCCCCUCUUGGACAUGAAGACACCAGUCCUCUUUGUCAUUGGUCAGAAUUCUCUACAGUGUCACCCCGAAGCCAUGGAGGACUUCCGGGAAAAGAUUAGAGCAGAAAAUAGCUUGGUGGUGGUUGGGGGCGCUGAUGAUAAUCUCAGAAUAAGCAAAGCAAAGAAGAAAUCAGAAGGCUUGACUCAAAGCAUGGUGGACAGAUGUAUUCAGGAUGAGAUUGUGGACUUCCUGACUGGAGUGCUCACUCGUGCUGAAGGACAUGUCGGGUCUGAGCCCCGGGAUCAGGAUGCUGAGAAGAAAAAGAAACCCCGGGACUUGGCCCGAAGAGAUUUGGCCUUUGAAAUUCCUGAGCGAGGCAGUCGACCUGCUUCCCCAGCUGCCAAGCUCCCCACCUCCCCCUCGGGCUCCGAGGAUCUCUCCAGUGUGUCCAGUAGCCCCACCUCUAGCCCUAAGACCAAAGUGACCACUGUGACCUCUGCCCAGAAGUCCAGUCAGAUUGGGACCUCCCAGCUACUGAAAAGACAUGUGCAGAGGACAGAAGCUGUGCUAACCCACAAACAAGCCCAAGUUCCUAUUUCAUCAGAACCCAUGGAGGAGGCAGAGAAAGAGGAGCUUAGGGUCCAGCUGAAGCGACACCAUCCUUCCAGUCCUCUUCCUGGCUCAAAGCCCUCCAAGCGACCAAAGAUCAAAGUGUCUCUGAUCUCCCAGGGGGACACAGCUGGAGGGCCUUGUGCUCUUUCUCAAGGUGGAACGCCUGAAGCUGCUGGGGGGAAACCCAUCACCAUGGCACUGGGAGCUUCAGUGGGAGCCAAGGAACUCACUGGACUUCUCACCACAGCCAAGUCAAGUUCUUCUGAAGGUGGAGUUAUAGCCAGCGCAGCCCCACCUGUGGCUUCCAGCAGUGCCACGCCCAAUGCCAUCCACACACUGCAGAGUCGCUUGGUGGCCACUUCUCCUGGCAGCUCCCUUCCAGGGGCCACUUCAGCCAGCAGCCUCCUCCAAGGCCUCAGCUUCAGCUUACAUGAUAUUAGCAGCAAGACCUCUGGCCUCCCAGGAAGUCCCUCCCCAGGGCCAGCUCCACAGGCCACUGGUGUGAAAUUGCCAACUCCCAUGCAGAGCCUGGGUGCCAUUACCACAGGCACGAGCACCAUUGUCCGUACCAUUCCUGUGGCCACCACACUCUCCUCCUUGGGUGCCACUCCUGGUGGGAAGCCCACUGCCAUCCACCAGCUGCUGACCAAUGGGGGUCUCGCUAAGUUGGCAAGCAGUCUACCUGGCUUGGCUCAGAUUUCUAACCAAGCAUCAGGCUUAAAAGUCCCCACCACCAUUACUCUGACACUCCGUGGCCAGCCAAGCAGAAUCACCACUCUAAGCCCUAUAGGCUCAGGAGCAACACCAUCCGAGGAGCCCGCUUCCCAGAUGCUGCCCUCUAACUCACAGCGCCUGCCUCCAGCACCCUGAAUGUGCCAGCGAUAUGUCCUCCUUACCAGGUUGGUGACAGCUGCCUCAAGGUGAACCGUGUGGUCCUGCUGAGCCGUCUGAGUGUCUGAAGACAUCCUUAAGACAGUCGUUUUCACCUCUCUACCAGCUGUCUUUGGGGCUGGGCCUCUGGGUCUUGAGAAAGCCUUAGGGUGGGUGAUAAUAGUGCCAGCAAGCGGGGUGCUAUCCAGGUCCAGCAAGUUGGUUCCUAGAAUCCCCAGCAGGACUGGCCAUGUGUGGAUUAUUGGCAUUUCUGUCCUAAGAGUAAUGCAAUUUGACUCCAGUGUCAGUAUAGAACUGCUCACUGAAGUUUCAUGAUGAAGGCAGGGAGAACUGGGCUGUUAGCUUUCAGCCCUUUAGCUGCUGGGGAAGUGAGGAUGAUGGUUACAAGACUAUGUUUUGUGCACUUCCUGUACCAGAGAGCCUGUAGGUACAAAAAUACUGAAGGUGGAGGAUGGAGCAGCCAGAGGGAAUGGUUGGCAAGACAUACCCACAGACCUGAUGCUGCUGACACUGUGGGCUGGGGACUCUGCAUGACACUUGAGGACCUAAGAUUAGCUAGAGAAGUCAAAAGGAAAACCUGGAUCCCUGAGAGUCCUCUUUGGUGCCUAAUGAUGAAGCAGAUUGAUCAGCCACCAUGCUCUCUCUGCUGUUCUAGGAAGCGUGGGGCAGUAGGACAGUGAAGGCUGUGCUUCAGAGUUCAUUUCCUUUCCUUCGAGCUUGUCUCUCUGCUUAGAAGUAGGAAGGUUGUAGUGACUACUGUGUGAGGCUCUGGUGCCAGCCUGAACCUUGUAGAUCAUGGUCCCUGGUGAUAUGGGCACGGAAGGGGGAGCUGAGCCUCUCAUUUCCUAUGACACUGUGCAGACGUAGCCUGGAGUUGGGCUCUGAAUAUGUGUUCCAGAGCAUGCUCCUUUCCUUUUCAUAUGUAGAAAGUUUCCAUCAAGAUGAGAAAUAAAGCAGCUCAAUGUGACUUUGUUCCUGGGGCCAUAUAAACAGCUACACCAAAGCCUCUCACUUGUAAUCUAAGUGGAACAUGUAGUGUUGAGGAGUCUCAGGCAAGUGAGGUCAGAGAUGUGUGAUAGGAGUAGAGAGUGGUCUCCAUCCUCCACACCCUUGCCUUGGCUGUGGAGCUGCAUGGACAGAGCUUCAGAGUGGGCUGUAUUCUGAAAUUCAGAAGGUGUUCGGUGAAGUUGAGAAGGUAUGAAAUCUGGAAGAAGCCUGCAGUGCUGAGGCUUCGAUAACUUUAUAGUUCAGAGCAUAUAACCACCAAAAGAGAGGAUAAGACUGGGCUCUGAAACUUGGAGGGUUAUUUAGGUUGGCAGAGAGCCCUGAACAACCCUUUGUGACUUAGGAGAACAGCUUGAACUACACUGGAGGGGCUGCUCCUGAAAGAUGCUGCCCCUGUGUUCUGGAACCAAAGAAAACGUGUAUCCUGCUUUGGUGGUGGAUCUAUGUACAUCCCAUGGGUGACUUCUGAGGCAUGGCCUAUAUACCUUGAAGAACUGCAAAACUGAGGAAGGGGAGCUACAACUGAUCUUCACCUUGGGGGACUGACCCGACAAGAAAGUGGCUGGAGUCUGUAGAUCACAUUCCUCAGAUCCCAUCUCAAACUACAUAACUUGGAAUGUGGAAAGGAUGCUUUACCCUACCUAUCUUGUGGCAGACUUGAGGGCAUAGCCUCAGAAGGUAAUACUCUUAUGGAGUAUGUAGACGGAUCAGGAAGGCUUUAAAUUCUAGGGCAACAGAUGUAUUGUAAAUGUCCCAUGGAGGAUGUCUGUGGCUUUGAGGAGAGGUCACAGGGACAGAGACUUGUCCACCUUUGGUUGUAUCACUAUAUUAAUUUGGGGGUGUAUGAAUUCAUAAAAGUGAGCCAUAGUGAUGGCUCUGAUCUUAACGUUAGCAAAAAGAAUUAAAAAAAAAAAAAAAACUUUA